AUGAUGAUAUCUACUACACAGGGAGAAAUCCCAGAGGGACACGUUCAACCCCAUGAACAAGAGGCAGUCGUUUGCUGCGGAAUGUGCCGACCAAAUGAAAUGUGGUGUCUUGCCCAAUGCAGAACAGAUUGUGUUUCGUCAACAGUCUGUCAAGAAGCGGGAAAAGGAGCCUACGCAAAAUGUCGCGAAUCACCAUAUUUUUUUAAUGCGGGCCUCUUCAACACUGGCGCCUCAUUGAAUAGACUCGGCAGUUUCUAUGCUGGGGCGAUAAUGAAUAGCAAAUUGGAGUUCGAUGUGAUUUUCGGCCCCGCGUAUAAGGGAAUCCCUCUGGCUGUAGCAACGUCCAUAGCGCUGUACCGUGAAUAUGGUGUGGAUGCUCCCUACAUUAUUAAUCGGAAAGAGUCAAAGGAUCAUGGAGAGGGAGGUCUUCUUAUUGGCGCCACAAGCUUCUUGGAACGUCCCCAAUGUCGCGUUCUAAUAAUUGAUGAUGUUAUCACGGCAGGAACAGCUCUACGAGAAGUCGCUUCUCUCCUGCGUCCAUUUAAGGGUUGCGAAAUUGCGGGUGUCGUUGUUGCGCUGGAUAGAGAAGAACGCCUUCGUGAUGAGUCUCCGUCAGAAACUGCAGUACACCUCAUUGCGAAGGAAUAUUCAAUACUACAGUCGUGUCAAUAG